AUGAGUACCUUCACUAAUACUGUCACUGAAGGGGAGCUUCAUAUGUUUCACAAGAUCGAUCGAGAGAUGUUCUCCCAAUUGGUCUUGAGCCUCAUGCGUGCCCCAGCUGAAUCCCUUCUAGUGAUGGCCUUAUGGCUAUGGAUGGAAAAGGACUGCCCCAACAUCAUAGUCAAGAUGUUGAAGCUUGGGAACAUCAUUGUCAAUGCCCUGGUUGAUGAAGCUGUGCUUUGUUUAAGGUGUCUGGACUGCAGUAUUAGUAACAGUACUAUUUUAUGUCUAGUGUCAAAUAACGGUGCAAUGGUCCUCAGCUCUAGGCUCAUGCAGAAGGAAAUCUCACUCCAAAUGUUCAUUCAAAACAGAUACACAAUAAUAUGUGGGGUAAAGAAUUAUCUCACUAAUGUUUGUGCUCGAAUUUUCACUGAUAUUUUGCAGAGGGUUUUGCUCGGUACAAAUCCAAUACUAUCACAGUUUACUCAUCCACAGCAGCCCCUUCUGAUUCCGGGAUUUCCACAUCCAGUGUUUGGUGCCCUCAAUAUAAUUCCGGGAUCUGUUGCAAACUUCACUCCCACAGGGGGAAUAUGGGGAUGGAAGCCAUCUAUUGAAUUAUCUGUUGAUGACAAGACUAUGUUUCUAACAUUCUCAAGGGGGUUUCAUGUGACAGUGGAAGAAGUGAAGCAUCUUUUUUCAAAUGUUCUUGGGAUGGAGAAGUGUGUUGAAGAUGUGGACAUGGAAGAUGUUCCUUCUGAUGAACAACCACUGUAUGCUAAAAUGGUGUUAUCUUCUGUCACACUUGUUGACAAGAUAUUGAAAGGGAAUCGUGUCGCCAAGUUUCGGAUUAAUGGCAAGCACAUCUGGGCACGAAAAUAUGAACGCCGAGAUUAG